GCAAUACAUUUUUUGGUGGUUUCUUGGUUGACUUUAUUUUGUGCGUUUCUAAAUGGCCAAAAGCAACAGACUUCACCAUGUCCGAAACUGUUUCAAUACGAAGCGAAAAACCCUAACGAACUCGACAAGUGGUUUGGAAAAAUCACUUUAACAACCGACACCGAUUUGAUUGGUGCCGUUUGGUUGCUCAUCAUUUUUGAUAAACCUGUACUUCAAUUGGGGACUAAAUUUGGGCAAAAGAUAUUAAGGCUCAAACCUACGGAGUUCUUGGUCCAAAAUUUGGGUUAUACUCUGUAUGCAGAUACACCUGUACCAGUGAGGUUUUUCGUAAAGUACACCAGGGGAGAGGUACCACCGAAAUUAACGGAGUUCAGGAUAAAUUCCAGAAUUGCAUGUCCUGAAGCGCCCUCUCAUAGACCACCUUCUAGUGGAAUCGUUUUGGAAAAUGUCAAUUCGAUAUUCAGCAACAAAACAAAUAAGAAAAAACCUGAGGGAGGCAACAUUCAAGCAAUGAGCAGCAUUUAUAUAGACCGUCCCGUUUUGGAGUUGCCCGAUAUACCUUGCGGGAAAGUGGCUGAAACGCCCAUCGGGCUUAUCGCUUUUGGAGAAAAUACAAUCCCAGGACAAUGGCCUUGGCAUGUCGCCAUCUACAAUUUCAUCGAAGCACAAAUGAGGUACACCUGCGGAGGCAGCCUAAUAUCGAAAAAGCACGUUCUGACGGCAGCCCAUUGCCUGACGAAAGCGAGGACUACAAACCCCGUCAAAAUCGACAUCCUAACGGUAUACCUAGGAAAACACAAUCUGAACAAUUUCGGGCAGGAAGUGCAGGAAAGAAAAGUGUCCAAGAUAACGUUGCACCCGCAGUUCAGCUACAACGUUCUCUACAACGACAUAGCCAUUUUGACGUUAUCGGAGCCCGUCAAAUUUACAGACUUUGUUCGGCCAGUUUGCAUUUGGGAUGACUACAUCGCCUUGGAUAUCGUUUUCGAUCGUUUAGGCACUGUAGUGGGAUGGGGUUUCGACGAAAACCAGCAAAUAUCGAACACGCUAAAAAAGGUGGAAAUGCCCGUCAAAACUCACACAGACUGCAUUUUAUCGAACAACGAAUUUUUCUCCAAAGUAAUGACGAAAAAUAACUAUUGCGCUGGGUUUAGAAACGGAUCUUCUGCUUGUAAUGGGGACUCUGGGGGUGGUAUGGUAUUCCCAAAGCAGGGUACCUCAGGUGCCGACACAAUAUGGCAUAUAAGAGGCCUGGUUUCUAUAGGAGUCGCAUUACAAGGGCAGUAUAUCUGCGAUAACAAACAAUAUAUUGUUUUUACUGACGUUGCCAAGUACCUUAAGUGGAUUAAAGAUGUUCUUAACGAGAAAUAA